AUACUAAAUUAGCUGCCGGUAUAUAACCAAUAUGUUAACACUGCGCCGCAUCAGUCAACAUCUGUAUCCAAAACAAAUUCAACACUUAAACAUGUCGCAUGUGGGUGAGCUUGGCUGUGGUGCGGGCAAAGGUGGUGGGGCCGGUGGCUCUAUACGCGAUGCUGGUGGUUCAUUUGGCAAGAUGGAAGCUGCUCGCGAGGAGGAGUUCUUCUACAAACAGCAAAAGGAGCAACUGAAGAACCUUAAGACUAAAACAGACAGCAAGGCGCAAGAUACAACAAAGAAAUAACAAAUAACACAUUAUAACUUCAUAUAUGCUCGAUUUUACAGUUUUACGUUUUGUUUAAUAGUUUUUUUACGGAUGAUAAUUUCGAAUAAAUUUAAAUAUCUGCGUGAAUAAGUUUUGUGUGGUAUCCAACGUGAGAGUGCAAGAGCUAUAGAUAGCUCUUGAAAAGGCUGAUGCAAUUAGCAAUAGAUCUGAUUUAGUUGGAAUGUAAGAAUUAUAUUAUAUACGGGGUUGGGACGAACAGUUCG